AUGCUGCUAAACAUCUGCAAGUCAUGCCAGUACUGCCUGGAGACGAUGUACUGGAACUGUUGCGAGGAGAGGUUCUGCUUCGACAAGAAGAUCGCAACUUACACAUUGGAAGACAAUGUCAGUAAUGUAUACGCGAACGGCGUCACAAAUGCGGGCGCCAGCCUCGACAGCGUGGUCACCCAGCAGCCGCACAACAACAACCACCUGCCACCACCCUUGGUGGGGCGGGAGGUCAAGGAGUUGCCCAUUCACGCGGAUAAAAUCUACGAGGUGUUCUCGAAGUCGUUGAUAUUCAGGGAGGAGCACGAGCUGAAAUCUGGCGACAGCGUCAACACCUUGGACGAGAUCGAGACCAAAUCAGAGCCGGACUUGUCCGACAGACCCAACAGGACAAAAGUGUACUUCGAGGACGAAGUGGACUCGCCGGUGACUGACUUCGAGAUAAUGUUCAAGGACGAGCUGCUCGCCAGCUACGACAUGUUCAAGAUAGAGGAGGAGGAAGAGGACAGGAGGAGCCAGGACACCGAAGAAGGUCUCACCAUGAGCGUCGCCGUGAGGAAGCAGGACGUGGUCAAGCCGAGCACGCUCACUUUGAAGGACGAGGCGAAGAUGACCACGCCAAACUCGGUUUACGAGUACGACCCUAUAUCGGCGGUGCAGCUGCCGAACAGUCUCACCUUGCCGCGGGUGGAGAGCGUGAAGGGCAUACUGAGGCAGAAGGGCGAUAUAAAGCGGAGCGACAGCGCCCGCACGCUAGAGAGGGCGGACAGCGGCAGCAGGCUGCUGAAAUCCACCCUCACUAGAGUGGAGAGCUUGAAGAGCAUCGACCCGCAGAAGAUGAACAGGGUGCUGGCGCGGGUGCCGCACCGCAGCGCCUCCUUCCUCAACAUUCCCGAGCGUCUGGCGCCCGAGAAGCCGCCGCUGAUGAAGAGCAAAUCCACAGUCGGCGUGACGUCACUGGCCGAGCGGGAACUCAAACUCGGCCAGCUGCCAGACACGCCGAUAAUCAGGAGCACCAACCUGCCGAGGUUCUUCGCCGACAGCCCGACUAUGCCGGAAUACAAGGGCGAGACGAGCCUGCAGAGCAUCAAGCAGAAGACGGCGCUCAUGUUCCAGGAGAACGACUUCAGCAUGCCCCGCUACUACGGCUCCAGGGCGGAGCCCGUCCACGAGAGCCGGUCCAUGCCCGACCUGCGGAGCCCCAACGCCAAGGUGAGCAAGCGGCUCGUCAAGAUCAGGAGCAAGCUGAAGCCCCUGGUCAUCAGGAAGAGCUCCGACGAAAGGUUG